AUGUAAAUAAUUACUGGUGAUGAAACAGGAUUAUUGAAAUUAAUUGAUUUAGAGAAAAAAGAGGUGAUUAAGAAAUAUGGAGAAUAAGGAAAGGAGUUUAAAAUAAUCUAAAUACUUACUUUAAAAAUAUCUGAUGUUAGCUUUUUCUUAGUUUUGAGGGAGGAAAGCUUAGUAUUAUUAGAUAAUGAAUUAAAUGAAAUAACACAAAUCAAUAUUGAUGCAUCACCUUUAAAAGGGUUUUGUGAUUCAAAUCAUGAUAUCUAUAUAAUUUAUACCAACAGAAAAAUUAAUCAUGUAAAAUAUGAUUAAGAUCAAAACAUAUUUCUUUAAUAAGAAACUAUUAAUUCAAAUGAUUUUUAACCUUUAACUAAUUGUAAAGAUAAAUAUGUAACUUCUGCUGCUAUUUCUAAUGAUUAAACAUUAUUAUUGAUAACUUAUUUUGGUGGUUCACCAUCAAUAUUUAAUUUAAAAUAGAAAAAAUUAUAAUGGUAAUCAAGAAAUGUAAAAAAUGAUGAAUUAGAUCUUUAAGUUAAAAUGCAUGAUUAUGAUGGAUUAUUUUUAGAUGAUUAUUCUGUUGGUGUUAUUACAACUCAUUUAACUUUAAGAAUAUAUAGUAUACUUGAAUAGAAAUCUUAACCAGUUUCUGAGCAUUCAUUAAAACAUUCAAAAACUAAAAUAAAAUUAAUAAGAGCUUAUAAUGAAAAAUAUUAUAUGAUUAAUGAAAGAGGAGAAAUUUUAAUUUAUAAAAAAGAUUUUAAAUUUGAAAGAAUGAUUAAAGGUACAUUUGGAGCUGUGAGAGAUAUAGCAUUUAAUAAAGAAUAUAUAUACACAGUUAGCAUAGAUCGUUUUUUAAGGUUUAUUUAUAUAUUUAUUUUAGAGUAUAUCACAUUGAAAAUGUAAGAAUACCAUUAUCAAUUAAUUUAUCAUAAAGAUUGCAAGCUAUCAAUUUUUAUUGUGCUGAAUAUAAAGAUAUAGAGAUAGAAAAAAAAGAAGAAAAAAUUUGGACAAUUAAAAAUGGAAGAGAAGCAAAGGCUAGAUUUGCUGGAAUGAGAAGACACACAAUUAAAUUACCAUAUUUAGAUAAGAUGUUUGAAAAUCAUAAAAUAAAUAAAUUAAAAAAAGAAUAAUCAAAAUUGAAAUAAGAAUAAGAAUAAUCAAUUGAUAUUAAAUAAGAAUAUAAUGAAGAAGAUUAAUAACCUAAAUUUAGAAAUAUUGAGAAUAAGAAAAUUUAAAAAUAAAAAUAAAAAAAGAAAAUUCUUGGGUUAAAGAAAUCAAAGUUACUCGUUAAUAAACCAAAUAGAAAAAUGAAAUGA